GCCUUCGCCUCUCCAGAUGAGUGAAAAGCACCGAGACCGGAUGGUUCCCUCCCGAGGUACAAACUUCCGACUGGUGCAAACUUCGCGGCUCAUCCCGGUAUGAUAAUUUCCAACUUGAGCCUGAGCUGCGCGCACUGUCCCGAGGGAGUAGCCUGCAGCACUGAGGCGACGGACGCGUACGAGGAGGUAUCCGGUUCCCUGCCCCCUCCGUCCCUGAGCCCGACUGGGCACCUUGUGGUGGCGGUGUGCCUGGGCUUCAUCGGCACUUUCGGGUUUCUCAGUAACUUCCUGGUGCUCACGCUGUUCUGCCGGUACCGGGCUCUGCGCACGCCCAUGAAUCUCAUGCUGGUGAGCAUCUCCGCGAGCGACCUGCUGGUUAGUGUGCUGGGGACUCCGUUCAGCUUCGCAGCCAGCACCCAGGGGCGGUGGUUGAUCGGACGCGCUGGGUGCGUUUGGUAUGGGUUCGUUAACUCAUGUUUGGGUAUUGUUUCCCUCAUCUCAUUGGCUGUUUUGUCCUACGAGCGCUACUGCACCAUGAUGGCGCAGACUAUUGCAGACGGUAGAGACUUCCGCCCAACCCUGGCAGGGAUCUGCUUCUCCUGGCUUUACUCCGUGGCCUGGACCGUGCCUCCGCUGCUGGGCUGGAGCAGAUAUGGUCCCGAGGGUCCCGGCACCACCUGCUCGGUUGACUGGAGGACACGUACGCCAAACAAUAUCUCCUACAUCAUCUGCCUGUUCACCUUCUGCCUCGUUCUGCCGUUCGGCGUCAUCCUCUACUCCUACGGCAAGCUGCUGCACGCCAUCAGACAGGUCCGCAGCGUGAGUUCAGUGGUGACCCGUCGCAGAGAACAGCGGGUGCUGGUGAUGAUUGUCACAAUGGUGGUAUGCUACCUGGUCUGCUGGCUGCCCUAUGGUGUGGCAGCUCUGCUUGCAACCUUCGGCCCGCAUGAUCUUUUGACACCAGAGGCGACCAUCAUGCCGUCACUGCUGGCCAAAUUGUCCACUGUCAUCAAUCCCUUUAUCUACAUAUUCAUGAACAAACAGUUUUACAGGUGUUUCACAGCAUUCUUCAGCUGCUCCAUCCCUGAGCAGAGCUCCACCUUAAAGACGUUUUCUCGGGUGACUAAGACAUUCCGCUCCAACCGCCAUGAGAAGGAACCCCAGGUGUUUGCCGCCGCUCCAUCCACAGCCUUGCCCACACCCCACUCCAUUCAUGAGUCCUCGCAGGAAGCCAAUCACGUGGCUCAAUCUCCAACAAAAAGAGACUGUGUGGUUUCCCAAACUCCUACUGCUGUCAGCCUCAAACCUAAACUGAUUCUGGUGGCUCACUAUAGGGAAUAAAAACAGAGACAACAGGAGGUGACUGCUCAGAGAAACAAGAAGGCGCAAACGAGCGGGAGAACAGGUCUCCAAUUAAGAAACAAAUCCUCUUAAUAGCUGGAAAGAACGAUUGCAGUGGGACCGCAGUGGGAGUUUUAAAUACAAGCUGGGAUGCUUUAAUCCCAGAACAGGUUAUCAUUGCUGUGUGAGGUCGGCAAACAGGGAUAGAGGCUCUGUGUACAAAUCAGAAGACAGAUUUGAAGAUUAGGGCUACACAGAGUGCUAUGUGUUAAAACCACACACUUCUGCCAUUAGGAUGUACCCGACAUAAUCACAUCCAUUGUACACAAGAGCACAAAUGUUGCAUUAAAGCUCACUUACCUCUGCCUAAAGUUUACCAUUAAGGACCAUGUAUUUCUUCCACACUGGAAGACGGAUAAUUCUACCUAAUUCUGCAGAAAUGGUCAGGGAUGUAUGGUCAGAACAUGACCCACGCAGUGCCAAUGUGGAGAGGAAGAUUACAAAACAAGAAGCCUGCUGUUUUAGAAAAAGUGGAUAUUCGCUUUUACUAAAUGUUUAAUCACGAUGAGAUGGGGGCUCUGCUUACAUAAUGGUUGUUUUUGUGGACGGACUCAUGCUUGGUUUUAACAACAGUGCAUUUGGAACGGAUACAUCGACAACACUUUGAUUUGAGCCCCCAUUAUUUAGCAGUUACUAGCUGUAUAUACAGAUUUACUAAAUGGUUUAUAGCACAUUGUAAUGUGUUUGCAAGUAUGUGUCUUUAUGUAAUUAAUUGCGUUUGAAAUUAAACCCUUUAUUUGCGUGUAUUCAGAUGUGUAUAUUUGUGUGUGUGUGUGUGUGUGUGUGUGUGUGUGUGUGUGUGUGUGUGUGUGUGUGUGUGUGUGUGUGUGGAAUUAGCAUGUUUAUUAGGCCACUGCUAGUAUGUCAGUAAUGGGUAUGGAAAUAAGCACGACUGCACUUUAAUGAUUCAGAUGUCCCAAUGGAGAGGAAGAUGUGCCGGUAAAUCAAUUACAAAGAGAAAUGAAAAAAACCACAGAGUGCUUAAAAAAGCUAAGCUUUUUGCUUGUAUGGAUAUGUGUGUGUUUUUUUUAUGUAACUAACAGAACCAAUUCAGGAACAUUUUGCAGAACCACUGAAUUGUUUGGUGAUGAUUACUAUCCCUGUUUUUUUUUUUUUCAUUUUGUUUUGUUUGUGCAAAGGGGGAAUCCCAAAAAGUUCAUUCUGUUCAACUGGACGUAGUGUUUACAUUGGGACAAAUGUUUUGUCACUCAUCCAAGUGACUUCUUUAGUCCCAG